GUCGAAGACCAGGCAAAGGUCACACGCACUUUCCCUGAUCUCCUCCUUGUUUCCCCCAAAUCUCCAGAUCGCCGGCGAUCUUCCCGGCGGCGGCCUACGACUAGCGGGGGCGCCAGCCACCACCUCCCCCUUCUACUAGUAGAAUAACUGCACGCUCUGCAAAAUAAUUCGUAGCGGCGGUAGCGAGAGAAGAGGGGAUGACUAGCCUGUCCAUCACGGUGAUGACGCUGAACCUCCAGGAGGGGGAUCAGCCGAGCGAGAGCCCUAACAGCUGGGAGAAGCGCCGCGACAUCUGCGUCAGCGUCAUCACCAGCUACUCCCCCACCAUCCUCUGCACCCAGCAAGGGUUGAGGUGUCAGCUGGACUACCUACAGCAGUGCCUGCCAGGUUAUGAGCAAUUUGGCAUUUCAAGAAAAGGAUCACAAGACACCACCGACGAAUACUGCACGAUAUUCUACGAAAAAGAGAAGGUGGAGCUUACAGAAGGCGGCACCUUCUGGUUAUCAGAAUCUCCGUCGGUGCCAGGAAGUAUUGCAUGGGGAGCAACUGCACCAUGCAUUGCUACAUGGGCAACGUUUCAAGUCAAAAGAGUAGAACCACCUGGGUUCAGUUUCCAAAUUGUAAAUACGAAUCUCGAUGAAGAUAGCCCUCGUGCUCGUAGACGAAGUGCUUUGCUUACGUGGCAACAUAUAGCAUCUCUGCCACCCAAUUUGCCUGUGAUCUAUUGCGGAGGCUUCAACACACAAAAGGAAUCUAUGACUGGGCGGUUUUUGCUCGGCAGAUCUAGGGAGCAUGGUGUUGUGGGUGAUAUGAGAGAUGCUUGGCCCAAUGCUCGUGUGCGCAAAAACGUAUCACUGAUACACACAUAUCAUGGAUUUAAAGGGGAGAAACAAGGUGCGGCAGAAUUUCUAAAAUUAGUAUUUAGAGCUCUUUGUCUCUGCUGGGAUAGACAGACACAAGACUUGCAUAUCGACUGGAUACUGUUUAGAGGGCGUCCACUGGUUCCUGCACUAUGUGAAGUCAUAAAUGACAAUAUAGACGGUGUUUAUCCGUCGUCGCAUUUCCCCAUCUUUGCUGAGUUUUUGCUUCCCCGCUCAGUCCGCCUAGCCGAGACGCCUUCAUAGCCAGUGUUUGUACUCCUGUUGCAACAAUUCUUCUCCCGGCUACAGUUCUUUAGCCUUGUUUGGUUUUUGGCUAAAUUAUUCAUUUCUAUAUACCCAGCCCGUUGUUCUGGAUGGCAUCUUCACCCUCCAUGGCAACAGCAGCUCGUGCAGUCUAUCAAAUUUCACUUUACAGGGGUAUUUUUUUUUAACUUUCCACCGUCUGCAUUUUUUUUAUGUACGCAUCCUUACCAGUCAGGGGCGCUGAUAUUGUCUUUGUAUUUUACUGAACUAUAUAGCAAUUGCGAAAUCUCAAAUCUGUCAAUAAACUUUGCCAAGAUUAUGGAAGCAA